AUGAGUAACUCUAUAGUCCAGGAUGUACAAGUUAGAGACCAUUUUUUGACCGCAUCAAGGGAUCAAGUGAUCGCUCACGUUGACCUACUUCACUCUGCAUUAGUUCGUUAUUCUAAUAACCCUAGCAUUAUCCCUCCAAGACACGUUGGACCUACACCAGAUGGUAGUACCACUUUUUUAAUCAUGUCUGUCGUGGAUGACUUAUUUUGUGGUGUCAAGUCCGUGGGUUGCAAUCCGGCCAGUGGUCAAGGGUUUGUAGGCGGCAUUACUGUCACUGAUCCCAAGUCCGGCAGUUUGGUAGGCGUUGUACAGGCCAAGCAGCUGACCGCAGCAAGGACAGCAUUGAGUAGCUGCAUUGGACUUGUCCGUGUGUCGAAGAUGUUUGGGUCUGAGGUGCAGAUCACCGCAUUUGGUACCGGACUGCAGGCUUUUUGGCAUGUGUACUUCGCUUGUAAAAUCUUAGAGGACAAGAAGAUCAGGGCGACGAUUGUAUACAGAUCUUCCCCGUUGGAUACUUCCUUGUUUGAUACACAUUUGCCCCAAGUAGAGAUCUCUCAAAUACCUUUUAGCGAUAAAAAUGCUAUUGCAACCUUGGUGGGGGGAAGUGAUGUGAUUUUUGGAUGCGUGCCAUCUAGCGAACCUGCUAUCUUGAUGCAACAUCUAGAUGCCAGUUCAAGUACCAAAUACACCUACAUUUCCUUGAUCGGAAGUUACAAACCGCACAUGCAUGAAUGUGACGGCCCGCUAGUCGAAGAGUUCAAGAAUAGGGGUGUGCCGAUCUUGGUGGACUCGAUCGAACAUACUCUUACAGAGUCGGGUGAACUCAUCGACGCAGAUAUCGAGCCUGAGCAUCUGCAGGAACUGGGGAGAUUGCGCGAUACGACCGCUGUGCCCAUUGUGGAAAGCACUAAGGGUAACAAAUUCACGUUGUGCAAGAUAGUAGGUUUGGCCAUCAUGGAUAUAUGCAUGGCACAGGCCGUGCUCUCAAGUGUAGGAAAGGAAGCAUAG